UUCAUCUCCACAUUAAGCCAAAGAUUUUAUUGCAAUUUCUCCCACUUUUUUCUUACAGAUCUGACGUACCAAUUUCAAGAUUUCUUUGCUUCCUCAAAUUAUAGGGAAUUUAUCUCUCGAUUGAAGUAACAAUGGCGUCGCCGUCAGAUCACAAGGCUAACAUCAUUGAUGGUAAAGCAAUUGCUCAAACUAUUCGUUCUGAGAUUGCUUCUGAAGUCCGACUUCUUUCAGAGAAGUAUGGGAAGGUCCCCGGGUUGGCAGUUGUCAUUGUAGGAAAUAGGAAGGAUUCUCAAAGUUAUGUGAACAUGAAGAGAAAAUCUUGUGCUGAGCUUGGCAUUAAGUCUUUUGACAUAGACCUCCCAGAGGAUGUAGCUGAAGCUGAAGUGAUUAGCAAGGUCCAUGAGCUGAAUGCUAAUCCUGAUGUACAUGGCAUACUGGUACAGCUUCCAUUACCAAAACAUAUUAAUGAAGAGAGAGUUCUAGGUGAAAUCAGUCUGGAAAAGGAUGUAGAUGGCUUUCAUCCUCUGAAUAUUGGCAAGCUUGCAAUGAAAGGCAGACAACCUUUAUUCCUCCCUUGCACGCCCAAGGGAUGCAUCGAGCUUUUAGUUCGAAGUGGGAUUAGCAUAAAGGGGAAGAACGCAGUUGUGGUUGGUCGAAGCAAUAUUGUUGGAUUACCAGUUUCUUUGCUCCUUCUGAAAGAAGACGCCACUGUUACUGUAGUCCACUCACGCACCAAGGAACCCGAGAAAAUGAUUCGUGAAGCUGACAUAAUUAUUGCUGCCGCAGGGCAGGCUAUGAUGAUCAAAGGCAGCUGGAUCAAACCCGGUGCUGCAGUAAUUGAUGUAGGAACAAAUGCUGUAGAUGAUCCUACUAGGAAAUCGGGUUAUAGGCUUGUUGGAGAUGUCGAUUUUCAGGAAGCAUGUAAGGUAGCUGGAUGGAUAACUCCAGUUCCGGGAGGUGUUGGACCGAUGACUGUUGCAAUGCUUCUGAAGAAUACAUUGGAUGGAGCUAAACGAGUUAUCGAGAAGUAAACACUUUCUUUGGCUCUGUAGACCAUAAUAAAGAUGUCAAGGCUUCUUACUUAGCUGUUGACAUUACAUUUAGAGAUGUCAAUUACAUUCAAGAAAUAACAAUGAGAUUGUUGUUUUUAUAUGAAGUGUUUGGAA